UUAUUCAGGAGCCAAAUCAAAGUGAAGACCUGUGAGUUAGGGCAGUGUGCCUUGCACUGUGUGAAGAGAUCAAUGGGAAUGUUUGACUGAGCAGAGGAACGUUACAGGGCUGGGAUUUCCAGGUUAUUUGGACAUUAUCAGGAGUUACACACUCUGGACAACAACGUGAUUGUAGUGCAGUGUAACUGAAGCAGGCAAAUCCAUUCCACAGCGUGACCCUUAAAGCGUUUAUGAAAAUAAACAUUUUGUUUGUACUAAGAUGAAGGAAAAGUUGUUUGCAGUCCUACUGGUUUUGCUUUUGGUUUGUACGUUUGCAUCAUCAAAAAAGAACAGAAAGAACAAACAGCAUGUGCCUCACAUUGACUGUGAUAUCAAAGCAGGGAAAAUAGUUAACCCAGAAUUCCUUGCAAAGUGCCCAGCUGGAUGCCAGGAGGGGAAGCAUCGUGUAUAUGGCACUGAUAUUUAUGCAUCGUUCUCCAGCAUAUGCACAGCUGCUAUACACAGUGGUUUAAUUGACAAUAAUGGAGGCAAAAUCUUUAUUCGGAAGGUUGCUGGCCAGUCUGGUUACAAGGGAAGCUACUCAAAUGGGAUACGAUCCUUGUCAUUGCCCCGAUGGAAAGAGUCUUUUGUUAUUGCAGGUAAAGGAAAAAAAGGAGUGACUUACCCUUCAGUCCUUGAAUAUGUUGAGGUCAGAGUAGAAACAGUGCACAGAGUUAUCCCAGCUCCCUCUGUAACCACAACUACCACCACAACUCCAGAGCCUACAACUACCAGCACCACACCAGAGCCUACCACUACCACUCCAAAACCAACAACUACCCCUUUCAUAACAACCAGCUUAACAACUACCACAGACGCAAAAGUGAGACCUCCACUGGUUCGCACAAGGGAUACAGGUUCAAGUCACAUCCAUCCUGCAUACAGAUCCAUAGUUGCUGCAGCAUCCAGGCAAAUGCAAGCAGCUCAAGGAUCAGGACAGAAUCAAGUUGUAAGGUCUCCUUCAACUUACUCAAGCAACCAAAACGCUCCACGCGUCAAUGCAGGUGCACCACGACAACAACCGUCAGUGUCCAUACGGAAGCCCAUUGGAAACGCUCAGCCAUCAUCUGGUUUUGGUUACAGUAGAAUACAGCAAAUUUUAGCAGAAAAGAACAAUGCCCCUCAACAAAGCCCAUCAUUACAAAGACGGGACUGGCAAAAUCCAAGCCAAAGGGUAAAUGUCCAUACAAUUCAGCGCAAGCCGACAGUACCUGAAAGCAGUAAUAGUGCACCUAAUGUUGGAGCUGUCUGGCCUGUGGAAACUCGGGACACACAAGUGCAAAAUUCCAGGACUAGCGUAUCAGAAACUGACAGGUGGAAAUCAGGAAUUUCACAAUCCAGUUCCAGGAACAGUGAAUCAGACACAGUAUGGAAGGCUGUCCAAGAAACAUCCGUACCGAAAAACAAUGAAGAGGAUUUAUGGAGACACGGAUUUUCUGAAAUAGCAAUCAAUGCAAGGGAAGAAGUUGUCACAAAGCCACCAGAAACAGUAACCCUAGGAGGAGCAAACUGCAAAAUCGAUCUUGUGUUCCUUAUUGAUGGGAGCUGGAGUAUUGGAAAGAGGCGUUUCAAGAUACAAAAGCUUUUCUUGAACCAGAUGGCGGAAGCUCUUGAUGUUGGCCUCUCUGGGCCUCUUUUGGGUGUUGUUCAGUAUGGAGAUGAACCUACAACAGAAUUUGGUCUUCGGGAACAUUUCAGUGUUGGAGAUCUUAAAAAUGCCAUUGAAAAAGUUCCUCAAAAAGGGGGGCAUUCCAAUGUUGGAAAAGCUCUCUCCUACGUGAACAGGAAUUACUUUUCAGAUGCCAGUGGGAAUAGAGGAAGUGCUCCAAAUGUGGCCGUUGUGAUGGUGGAUGGAUGGCCGACAGAUAAGGUUGAAGAAGCUUCUCGUCUUGCUCGCGAGUCUGGAAUCAAUAUUUUCUUUGUCACCAUAGAGGGUGCUGAUGAAAAUGAGAGGUCAAGUGUUGUCGAAUCAAACUUUGUGGAUAAGGCGGUGUGUAGAACCAACGGACAUUUUUCCAUCAAUGUGCCAAGCUGGUUCGGACUCCACAAAGUUGUCAACCCUCUGGUAAAUCGUAUGUGUGAUAUUGACAAACUAGUCUGCAGCAAGACGUGUCUCAAUGCCGCUGACAUUGGUUUUGUCAUUGAUGGCUCCAGCAGUGUUGGAACAGGCAAUUUCCGCACUGUGCUCCAGUUUAUUGCCAAUAUUACCAAUGAGUUUGAGAUUUCUGAUACGGACACCAGGAUAGGAGCAGUGCAAUACACCUAUGAACAAAGGCUGGAAUUUGGAUUCGAUAAAUAUAGCACAAAGCAAGACGUGAUUAAUGCCAUCAUGAGAAUAGGCUAUUGGAGUGGAGGAACAAGCACAGGCGCUGCCAUCACCUACGCCUCCGAGCAACUCUUCAGUAAAUCAAAGCCAAACAAGAGGAAGAUAUUAAUUGUCAUUACAGAUGGACGAUCCUACGAUGAUGUUCGAGUUCCAGCUGCAGCUGCACAUCGGAAUGGGGUAAUUGCCUAUGCUAUUGGGAUUGCCUGGGCAGCCCAGGACGAGCUGGAAUCCAUUGCCACUGACCCUGACAAGGACCAUUCAUUUUUCGUGGAAGACUUUGACAGUCUCUACAAGUUUGUUGGGAAGAUCAUCCAGAACAUUUGUACAGAAUAUAAUUCUCAGCCAAGAAACUAAAAUCAACGCAAUUAUGGACAUGUAACUAAUUCCUGGAUACCAGGUUUUUCUACCAUUAAAUCCAUAAACGCCAAUUUACACAGUAUUAAAUGCAAAGUAAGACUCAUGUCCAGAUUUAAGUACAGGUACAAUUGUGACCUGCAGACUGGCAUUUGCUUUUUAACCUGUGUGGUGCACACUUCCAUGCACCAAAGAAAGCUAAUGUGAUGUGCCUGUAAUAUACCUACAGCCUACAGAUGGGUAAAGACAGGAUUUAGGUAUUUUGUGGAUAACGCAUGUUCUCAAUAAAAUGUUCAGCAGGUCAUAGUGUGCCACAGAGAACCAUAUUAUGCUACCGUUAUUUAUUCAACAAGUACCAUUCAUACAACCACACAUUGGUACUUUAAUAUAUAUAAUUUUUCUAUUUUUAAGCCUUUCCCAUUAUUGAGCUGGGAAUUUGUAAAUGCAGAUCUCAAACCAAAUGCUUUUGCAUUUUGAAUGCAACAAUUUCGAUGCAGCAUUAACGAACCAGAGAUGCUGCCUUAAAGGGGUUGUUCACCUUCAAACAACUAGUUGGAUUCAGAUAGAUCACCAGAAAUAACGACUUAUUCCA